UUGGCGUGGGUGCUUAGCCUGUGGUGUACGAGGCUUUUGAGGGAGGAACAGCGGUGUUAGUGAAUAUUUCGCAGUUGUAGUGGUGGUGGAUUUUGAUUGUCUGCUGGUUUGAGGUCUGGUUUAGGUGUGUUUGCUGUUCUGGUGGCUAGAUUAUGGAAAGUGUUUGGAGAUUAGGUUUCAUUUGUGUGGAUUGUGGCUGAAUCUGGUGGUUACGGAGCUAUUUUUUCUCUCCCCUCCCAUUAGAGCAUUUUUUUGUGCUUUGAAGCUCGUUGCGUAUGUGUUUGGAAGUUUGCCCGACAGAUGCGCGGAGGAAAUUGUCCUAUUAUUUGGUAUAGGGAACCAUCUUCUUCAGAUUUUCCGGAAAUUUUGCUAUUUGAAACAAGUGCUGGUUUUGAUUACGGGUAUAGAUGAGGAGUUGAGGAAUUUGGCGCUUAGGAAUUAUCCUCAGGUUUACAGUUUUUAUCUACAGUUCCACAAUUUUCCAGUGGAGUUGAACAGAAAGGGUCGUUGAACAAGCUGCACAUGAAUGCCGCUAGUUCGGAGAUGCUAGGUGUUAUGGUAGCAGGCUCCACAUUAUCUAGCAUUCCUCCAAUCCCUGUAUCAGAAGAAGGCUCAAAAAAAAUUCGGAAACCUUACACCAUCACUAAGUCCAGAGAAAGCUGGACUGAGCAGGAGCAUGAUAAGUUUCUCGAGGCCCUACAAUUAUUUGAUCGCGACUGGAAAAAGAUUGAAGCUUUCGUUGGUUCUAAGACAGUCAUACAGAUCCGAAGUCAUGCACAAAAAUAUUUUUUAAAAGUUCAAAAAAAUGGAACUGGAGAGCAUGUCCCUCCACCACGCCCUAAACGCAAGUCAGUUCAACCUUAUCCACAGAAGGCUCCAAAAACUGCACAAGUGCAGGUUUCGGAUGGGUUAAGAACUCAGGCUGUACAGACAGAGUCUAGUUAUGGCACAGGAUCUCAUAAGCCUCCAAUGACUUCGACUAGUCCGUCUAUAUCGGCCUGGGUUCAACAUUCGGUGUCUCCUAAUCCGAGUAUUUCAUAUGAUGCUCCUGGCAUUAAAUCAGAAGGUGAGGGCGUGAAUUUAUCUGCAGUCCGCGUUCCCAGCAACAGCAUCAGUGGAAGCUCUCCUGGGGGUUGGCCACAACAUGUACUCCCUGCAAGUCAAGUUGCACCUGAGUCUUGUAUACGAGCUGCUCCUGAUUUCGCAGAGGUCUACAAGUUUAUCGGCAGUGUGUUUGACCCAGGAGUUUCUGGUCACCUUCGGAAGCUCAAGGAAAUGUCUGCUAUUGAUCGUGAAACGGUUCUACUUUUGAUGCACAACUUAUCCAUUAACCUGGCCAGCCCUGAUUUUGAAGAGCAUAAACUAUGUUUUUCAAUUUAUGAUAAGAGUGGAAUAACAGGAAAGUCCACUGGGGCAGAGGAUUUGAUAAGUAUUCUAAGCGAUGUUCCUCAAUCUUGUUCGGAUGCUGGUGAGGACAGCCCUUCGGUAUCCGGCCAAGCUGGAACUCUUGCUCCAUCUACCCCCAUCCUGGUCAGCCCAAGGAGUGGGAAUUCAGCUCCUACUCAACAUAGAGCGUCUUUAUUGCAAGCGUAUGCAGACAGCACCGCAGAUGCAGGAACGGCUCGAAGACACUCACAUGACGGAGGUAGAGUUAUUUCAGCUUCUUUUACCAGCUGUGGAGUAUCUCCUGCUCCUGAGGUUCUUGAGCCUGUGUCAUUAGGGCUACCCUGUACAGCACUGCAACCCCAGAGCCCUGUUCUGACAACAAAACCAGAAAGUGUGUACUCCAUAACUAGUUUGCCCAGUUUGCCUGCAGGCCUAGCAGGAGAUGAGAGUGUAGAUACUUGGUGGACUUGAAAGAAGUCCUGGCUUUUUGAUCGAGAGUUGUAGGUUUCAGUUUUAGGGGUAACUGUGAAUAGGAUCUAGCUUGUGUCAUAUGUAGACCAUCUUCUUGACCAUGUGGAGGGUUUGAGUUUGUAGAGUAUUCAACAGGUUAAUCAGAUUUUGUCUGGUUAAUGUGGAGAGUGUGUAAUAGCUUGCGGUAUUUUUAAUCCCUUUCUCGUUGAAGGUCUUAAAGCUCUUCUUUUGGGUGUCUCGAGAGCUUUUGAAUCUGUAUGACUUGCAGUGGAGCUUCCGGGAAGAUAGAAGAAUCAGGUCUUGAGUAUUCAUCUUUUCAACUUAUAGGAUGUUGCCCCUGAUAGUUCAAGCAGGGGAGGGUCAAGUUGCAAGUUCUAUUAGAUAACAAAUUGAUUUGUUAGUUGUGGUCCA